UGGCAGCCUCCAUAUUUUGGAAAAAAAUUAUGUUUUCUUUAUAAAUAUCUUGAUUAAGUACAGUUUAAAGAUACUUCUCCUCUAAAUUUCCAGUUCUUGAACUGUAGAAAUGGAUAAAGAUCAGGAUGUCCCUCUACCUUUACCUAUUGAUGAUGAGGACCAUGAUGAUCGAAGACUGUGGGUUGGCAAUCUUGAUUCUCGGAUCACCGAAUUUGCACUCUUAAAGAUAUUCCAAAAGUAUGGCAAAUUGGAAAAGUUUGAUUUCUUGUACAACAAAACUGGUCCAGAUAUCGGCAAACCACGAGGGUACUGCUUCAUUACAUAUGAGAAGAAAGAACAGUCACAGGAAGCAAUGAAGCGUCUGAAUGGGAAGUUGGCCCUGAGUAAACGGUUACAAGUCAGAUGGGCCCAUGCCUCAAUACUGGAACCACCACCAAAAUCCAAGGUCCACAUUCUAGGCUCCAACUUAGGGUCAACCAGUAAAGAUGAAGCUGGAAGUUCUCAAUCCAAAAUCAGUGCAAUAGAAGCCAAGCUCCGGUUGAUGGAGAAGACACAAAAUGACUUUACAAUCAGUACAAAACCUGUGGGCUCACUUACAAAACAACAACCAACUAAACCUCCAACACAGACUGUGAAACAUGGAUUUAAACCCUAUAGUAAAAGUGCAACAAGAAGAUGACCACGGUGUAAGGAAUGAAUAUCAUUUCACUGGAUGAUCUCUUUGAUCUUGACAAAAUAUGGGGACUGUUAAUCAAAGAAGGCUGCUUGGAGCUGCAUUUUAUUUUGAUCUUAUUUCGUAGUUCAAGCAUACUCAGUGUUUCUUUCACGCAUGUGUUCAUGCCUGUCGUUUUUAUCUAUUAGACAUGAUAAAAGACGGUUCUGAAAGACAUCUUUAUAUCCUUUUUUGAGAUAUCGUGGGCCUGUUUUGCCUUCCUCCAAGUUGAAUGGAUGAGUCAAAAAAGUAUGUUAAUUUUCCAAAUAUGAAUAGAAUGACUGAGUUUAUUGAAGUGUUUUAGCUCAUAUACUUGGUCAAUAUUGAUAUUCAAUUGUCAGAUGUGUACAUGUAGGUGCUUGGUGUUGUUUUUUAUCAUCACUGUCAUCAAAUACUUGCAUAAAGAUGUUUACCAUCCAUUGUGAAAAACUGGGAAGCAUAGCUUUAUUCCACCCUCCUCAGCUUGUCCUUGGAUGAAAAAUCACGUUAUAAACAAAAGUAUAAACGAGUCUCGCCAAUGCUGUAGCAAAAGGUGGAGAAUUUUGUAAUGUUAUUUAUUCAUUUUUGUUUAAUAAAAUAUU